CGCUGAGUCCCGCGCUUGCCCGGGGUGGGGCGGGUAGCGGCAUUCCCCGCCUGUGCCCAGUUACCGACGAGUCUCUCACAAAGCAGUUAUGCGAGUCGGUCGUUCAACUUGGAGGUGAAAUGAAGGUUUUAGUUCUCAUUUCCCAACCUGAUUUCCCUCCGUACCAAGAUCCACGUCUCCAAUUAUCCCCGUGGGAGUAAGUGAUCUCUGCCGCUGGUCCCACGAUGCCGACACACCACACACACACAGGCGCGCGCACACACACACACACACACACACACACACACACUCACUCUCUCUCUCUCAAGCCCCUAGAAGGCAGAAUGCAGCAGUAGAGCGGAAACAAGAAAAGAAACCAGCGGGCGUCCCACACUGGUCCGGCGAGUGCGGGCGCGCGGCGGCGUCGGAGCGGCGGCCGGGGAGCGGGGCUGAGGCGCGGGGCUCCGCCCGCAGGGGGCGCCCUGGCGGCGGGCGCGUGCGCGGUGCGGCCCCGGCCCGGCCGCCGCCGCGGCGAUGCCUAUUUUAGUCAAAGCCGCUACCGGCUCGGGGACCGGCCCGGGCCGCGGAGCUUCCGGACCCGCCGAUCGCACGAGCCCAGCGCGGUGGGCGCGCCUCCAGCCGCUGCCGCGGCUUCCCGCUCCUCGUCGCUGUCGCCCCAAACUUUGGCCGGCGCCGUCUAGGAGCCCUGCCCCGGACAGCCAGGAAUUUUCAAGAUGAAUUAUUCAGAGUCCAGCCCAUUCACAGAAUCAACUGCCAUAGGUUUUACACCUGAGUUAGAAACUAUCAUACCUGUGCCUUCCAAUAAGACCACUUGUGAAAACUGGAGAGAGAUACAUCAUCUCGUUUUUCAUGUAGCAAAUGUUUGUUUUGCAAUCGGGUUGGUUAUUCCCACCACUCUUCACCUUCAUAUGAUAUUUCUUAGGGGGAUGUUCACAAUAGGAUGCACCCUCUACGUUGUCUGGGCCACUCUCUACCGAUGUGCCUUGGAUAUAAUGAUCUGGAACUCUGUGUUCUUGGGUGUCAACAUUUUGCAUCUUUCAUAUCUUUUAUACAAGAAAAGACCGGUGAAGAUUGAAAAGGAACUCAGUGGCAUCUACCGGCGAUUGUUUGAACCACUCCGAGUGCCUCCAGAUUUGUUCAGAAGAUUAACUGGACAGUUUUGCAUGAUCCAAACCUUGAAAAAGGGCCAGGCUUAUGCUGCAGAGGAUAAAACCUCAGUUGAUGACCGUCUGAGUAUUCUCCUGAAGGGAAAAAUGAAGGUCUCCUAUCGAGGACAUUUUCUGCAUAACAUUUACCCCUGUGCCUUUAUAGAUUCUCCUGAAUUUAGAUCAACUCAGAUGCACAAAGGUGAAAAAUUCCAGGUCACCAUUAUUGCAGACGAUAAUUGCAGAUUUUUAUGUUGGUCCAGAGAAAGAUUAACUUACUUUCUGGAAUCAGAACCUUUCCUCUAUGAAAUAUUUAGGUAUCUCAUUGGAAAAGACAUCACAAACAAGCUCUACUCGUUGAAUGAUCCCACCUUAAAUGAUAAAAAGGCCAGAAAGCUGGAGCACCAGCUGAGCCUCUGUGCACAGAUCUCCAUGAUGGAGAUGAGGAACAGCAUAGCCAGCUCCAGCGACAGCGACGACGGCCUGCGCCAGUUCCUCUGCAGCACCUCCAGCAUGUCCUCUCUUCAUGCGUCAUCCCCACACCAGCGUGCCUCCGCCAAGAUGAAACCAAUAGAAGAAGGGGUGGAAGAUGACGACGAGGUCUUUGAACUGUUAUCUCCAAAUACAUUUAAAGUCCAUCAGUUGCCUUGAUCAGAGAGAGAAGUCAGGUUACCAAGAGGGAAACUGUCUUGAAGAGAUCCUAGAAGAUACCAGCACUUUUCAUGGCUUUGAGAUUAUUCCCCUUUAGUUAUGCAGACGGGUAGAGUCUGAGGGCAGGAAGGUGGAGAUGGGUCAGGGAUGGACAGGUCAUUUUUCCUCUCCUCCUAAUUGUCAUAUUUUAAAGUAGUUGUUCUACUGGGCCUUCUGACUAACCCUUGGUUUAUUUUGAGAUACGUAUUUUCACAGUAUUUUCUAGAUAUAGUAUUGUUUUAACUUAAAAAAAAAUCUUAGCACUGUGUUAAUGCAAAUGCUUUUUCACUUAUUUUUCCAAGUUGUGGUUCUUUUUUCCUCACAGUAUUUUUUCCACCGUGGGGUUGUCCCUGUGAUAAUUUCAACAAACAAUAUAACUUUGAAAUUGAGGCUAAGGGUAACCUUAAACAGCAGGGAAUUUGAGGCUUUAUUCAGUGAUUUUUUUUUUUAAAUGGGAAAUUUUAGAGAAAGAUGUGAUUUGACUGGUUUUAAUUUUCUCUCACACCAGAAAUGUCACUUCACUAGGUCACCUUACUUAUUCGGGCACUGUGCAGAUAACCUGACAAUGAACAACCCUCAUCAGACUUUACUCACACUCACCUCACAUUAUGUCAUUUAUAAACUGCUCUGAAACCUGGAGCUGGAAAGCCAGCAGGUGGAAGCAUUUCUGAGCUGGGGGUCCACCUUCAGCUAAGUGCAACUGCCUUGGGACGUGGAGCCAUCUCAUCUCACCCAGUUGGUGUGGGUCAGGAGGAUACAGGAGUCAAGUGUCUGGACAGGAUGAGGUGACUGAAAAAUAAGCUUCAUUCUUUGGUCUGUAUUCUGAAGUUUCAGGUUGUUCUUCCAGAAAGUGUGCCAGAUACCCAUUGUCAGAGGUGUGAACAUAAACACAGCUGUGGGGCAGACAGUUUGCCACACGCUGUGGACACCAAGCCUAGGUAUUGCUAUGAGGGCCUUCAUUCUAGAGCUCUCUUUUCUGCUAGAAUCAUAUUUUAGGAAACAGGCAUUUAGGUGGAGCUUUGCAUCUCUGGCUGGACUAUCGGGUCAGUGUAGCCUUGGAGAGAGGCCCACUGCUUGGCUACACUCAUUGUGCCCCAUUCAUGCUUUUUUUUUUUUUUUUUUUUUUGAGGUUUUUGGCCGGGGCUGGGUUUGAACCCACCACCUCUGGCAUAUGGGGCCGGUGCCCUACACCUUGAGCCACAGGCGCCCAUUCAUGCUUAUUUUGUUUUAUCCACCAUAAUCAACUUUGAGUCCUUCCCCUCCCUAUUACAUAAAAUAGCUAAGAAACGCCCCAAAUGAAAUUACCUUCAGGUGAACUGAGCCAAAAGCAGCAUCUCUUUACUAUGAGGUGAUUUCUUAGACAAGGCAAAGAAAUAGGCUCGGCACCUGUAGCACAGUGGUUGUGGUGCCAGCCACAUGCACCAAGGCUAGCGGGUUUGAACCCAGCCUGGGCCAACUGAACAACAAUGACAACUGCAACAAAAAAUAGCCAGGCUUGUGGCAGGCACCUGUAGUCCCAGCUACUUGGGAUUCUGAGGCAAGAGAAUGGCUUAAGCCCAAGAGUUUGAGGUUGCUGUGAGCUUGAUGUCACAGCACUCUACUGAGGGCGACACAGUGAGACUCUGUCUUGGAAAAAAAAAAAAGAGAGAGAGAAGAAAAAGGCAUAGAAAUAAGCUCAUCUACAGUCAUCUCAUUUUCCUAAAUCUGUUUGGGGGAGCGUAUAAUUUUAGUAAUUUCAUUUGAGUUAUUAAAUUUACAUGCUGGGUCACUCACCGAGAAAAUUAACACAGACUGGGAAUCCAGCUCCCAACGUAUUUAUGAAAUGUUGGCUCAUUAACACCACAGUAAAAAGGCUGAUUGCACGUCACUGCUAGAGUAGUCUCUGCAGUUAGGUAAACGGGGAAUUUGUUUUGAAAAUGAAAGCAAAGGUGAAUGGCGGCCGUGGCUUUAAGAUUGGGAAGCUCUCCUAGGUUGAGGUCUCUCUCUGUACCUGAGAGCACAGCUGCGACUGUGAGGCCGUAGUGCCAAUACUGUUGUCCUUGACCACUGGGGUAAGGUCGGGCACUGCAUUUAGUUCACACAUGCAUAAGGCUAACUCACAAAAUCACUCUAGACCAGCAUUUUUCAACCUUUUUUAUCUCACUGCACACUUGAACUUACACUUAAAUUAUGUUGAUCAAAAAAAGAAUACAGGUACUGUGUUUUGAACUUCUUUCAAAAAAAAUUAAAUUAAUGAUCUUCAAAAAAUUUCACAGCACACCAGUUGAAAAUCACUGCUCUCUACAGUUACUAGAACAUUCUUCUCUUGGUAGAAAGUAAUGUUACAUUCUGCUGUGUCCAUGUUUUCAAUGGACUUUCUAUGGAUCCAGGGAACCUUGCAGGUUUUUUACCCUGUUCCAUUUUCAGGCUUGUCUCACUUUGCCAACCCCAGACAGCAGAGAUCAUCUCUGAUGAUCAGCCUGGAUGUGUUCAGAGGGUAUUUUCUGUAGUGUUGAGAACAAACCUGUUUUUAAAGCACACUGCUAAAAGUAGGUGAUAUAAGAUCAUUGACUGUUUUUAUUAAAAUGUGUAUCAGUGUCAUUGAUAAUGAAGAUUAUAAUCUCAAGGUUAGGAAUCUUAGAAGAGCCACUUAGUCUGAAGGGGAAACAUGA